AUGGGAUACGUGUUCUGCCUCGUCAUAUUUCAAAGCGGCAACCGGCGAAAGCUGAAGCUGGCUACGGGGGCCUACUCCGAGUUGGUGGAGAAACUGACCGGAAUCGUGGAUGUCGAUCACAGAAACACCCUGGUCCAGAUGUUUGACACUGAUCUGGACGAUUUCGUGGACCUUGUACCUGGAGAGAAAAUUCCUAACAAAGCAAAACUACGCGUCAUCUCAAGGAGGGCUUCAGCGCUGUGCAAUCCAGCUGUGGCUACUGCUGGUCGGAGUGUUGCACCCCCUUGUCUGCAAAAUCUUCCUGUAACAGAGCCACCUUUAGUCAAAGAACAAAGGGAAGUUUCGGUGCAAGCAUGUGAAGCUGAAAUUCAAGAAGCCAGCAGUGGUUCCAUGGAGACACCUGAACCAGUGUUCGUCGUCGAAAUUCCUAGCGAGACUGUGCGUUGCUCAGACGCUGCUGUCCAGACCGUGCCAUUUGGCGGUUGUGGCAGUCCUGGGUGCAUGGCUGC